AUGGACACGUCGCUUCAGAGCCCGCCCUACCUCCCCUUCUGUUACAGCAAGGCGAAGCUAGGCGAGGCAAACACCGAGUUCCGCCUGCUCGAACUCAUGCCGUCAGCCAGCGAGGCGCAGGCCGCGCAGCUCAAUUGCCGCAUCCUGGUGAGCGGGAUUGAACAACCAGCACACGAAUACAAGGCGCUUUCGUAUUCGUGGGGCAAUGGCGCCACGCCAUGCUCUAUUGCUGUGCUCCCCGCGGAGGGCAGCGCCGGUGAGCCCAGGGCCCUGGCCAUCACCGAGUCGCUGCACACGGCCCUGCUGCACCUCCGCGAUGCUCGCACCUCGGUCUGGCUGUGGAUCGACCAAGUCUGCAUUAACCAGCAAGAUGACGACGAAAAGGGAGAACAGGUGCGACUCAUGGGUCCCAUCUACACGAGAGCCGAGCAGGUACUUGUGUGGCUGGGCCCGGCCGAGCUGGUGCUGGUUUGGCAGAACCCCGAAGAGCAUGGCUCGGACGCUUUGAUGGAAGCGUGGCAGACGGUGGGCCAGGAGGCCCGGGACUUCGGCAUGGAAAGCUACUACACCAAAGAAAGGUGGCCGCUUCUGAGCCGUAUCAUAAACAAUAACGACCCUGACGACCCAAAGACUGCACAGUUCCACAACAAGCUGCUGAGGUCAGGGGCAGAGACACUCGCACCGCUCAUUGCUCGCCAGACCCUCCGACACUGGUUUGCGCGGUCGUGGUUCCGACGAGCCUGGACAGUUCAGGAGUUUUGUCUCUGCGCCAACACCGUCUUCGUCUGUGGCACCAAGAGCGUCCAGGUCGAGCUUGUGAUGCUGGCCAUCCAGAUUCUGCACUUCUCGGGCGCCCGUCUGAUGGACACCGUUUAUGCCCGCGCCCUGGUGCCAAUAAGCCUGCUGGAAGAUGUUGUCGAGGAGCCCACAUCGCGUCUCUUCAGCUGUCGCCAGCGCCGCCGAAAGCUAGACCGCGGUGAGGAAGGUGCCACGGGGGACCAGCUCCACGCCCUCCUGCGCAAGCUCUACGUCGGCCGCGAUACCCAAGCCAAAUUCCCCCGUGACCGCGUCUUCUCGCUGCUCGGCCUGGCAGUCGACACCCGCUCACUCGAUAUCACCCCGGACUACACCAACGCAGGCGAAGCUUCCGCGGAAGCCCGCAUGCUCACCCGCGCGGCCCGUGCCAUGAUCACUAACCCCUCCACCGGCCGCAUCGACAUCCUCUGCUACUCCCAGUUCCCCAAGGCCCCCGACCUGGCCAACGACCUCCCCUCCUGGGUCCCCGACUGGCGCGGCAACCUCCGCCCUUCCUUCUACACCAUCCACGAAGCCGUCGAAACCCACCUCUUCAGCGCCUGCGGCCCGGAAACCAGCGUUCAACCCCUUCCCGCCACCACCACCACCACGACGGCCCACUCACUGCCACGCUCCGCCCUCGGCCUGGCGGGGUACCUAGUCGACAGCAUCUCCACCAUCGCCGCCGGCGCCGCCUGGGACGACCUGUCGUGGGACGCGGCGCGCUACCUGCGCUUCUUCGCCCAGGUCGAUGCCGUCAUCGACCACAGCCUCGCCCUCACUACUACUACCCGCUCUAACCGCCCCCAAUUCUACCCCUCCGAGGCCCGGCGCCGCGAAGCCCGCUGGCGCCUGCCCAUCGGCGAUCUCUUCUGGACGAACGACGGCAGGCGCAUGCGUCGCGCCGGUGAAGCGGAGGCGGCGCGUCAGUGGGCGCAGUGCGUGGCGAACGUGCGGUUUUUGGACGAGUGUGAGAAGAUAGUUGAUGUGGCGGAGCAGAAGAGGCGGAUGGAGGAGUGGGAUUGGCAAGGAAAAAUGGCGCGCGGGGAGUUGGGCGAGGAGUAUAGGGAGAGUAUGAGCUACAUGACGGGGAAGAAGCCGUUUUGCACGGCAGAGGGGUAUCCCGGUAUGGGGCCGGCGGGCGUGAGGGAGGGGGAUGUGGUGGUUGUGUUUUGCGGCGGAAGGAUCCCGUUUGUUUUGAGGCCUGUGGAGCAGGAUGGGAUGUUUCGGUUUGUAGGGGAGGCGUACUGCGACGGGGUCAUGGAUGGGGAGGUUGUGGGUGUGCGACGGCUGACCGAGUUCUACCUUGUCUGA